AACAAUCUUUUAAGAGACUGAUGUUGAAUGGUGCCUUAUCCUUUGAUAGGUCUUGUUAAUCUGAGAUGAUAUUAAUUUGAGGAGGUGAUAGCCUCAAAAGAGGAAGCCCAUGUGUGAGGGACCCACCUGCCCAUCCCUGUUUUUCCUUCUGUGAUGGCCGGAACAAUCACCAUGGUGGGAGGCUACUUCCCCUCUCCAGGAGAGCCCGGACGUGAGCAUAACCGGCACUCUCGGCUGGCAUCUAGCCUGCAGUUCCGUCAUUUCUAAUUCUUAAUAUUGUCCCCUAAACGUGUGAAGACAAGCACAGGUUUCAAUGGCUAAUGAGAUUUUAGGUAAUAGAAGCUUUAAACAUUAGCACCAUGGCCCUCUGGAUUGUUUGAACCUGCAACUCAACAGCUGCUCUUUGGCCUUCAGCUGACCUCAGAAACUAGAAAUACUUAUUUCAGGCUUUGUCCCAUUGGCCAAUGUGGGCAGGAGUGGAAAGCACCUGCCAGGUGUUGCCAUAAGAUUGUCUCGGCCAAGAGGAAACUUCUACAAGCAUUGUGGCUUAAGAGCAGCGCCUCCCAACCCUACCUUCAACCACAGCAUGUGCUGAGCGCCCCCUGUGUGCGAAGCUCGGUAACGGGCAAAUUAAGGCAGCGUUAUUCUUUCCAGGGCGCUUACCCCUUCUAUUGUCUUCAUAACUCCCCUCCUGCAAACACCUCUUGUUGCCGUUUUACAAAAAAUGAGAAAAACCGACUGAAAGGUUUGGGCCGUGGGAGGGGACACGUCCGUAGGUAACUAGCCCUGUGACCUUGAGCAAGUCGCUUGCCCAGCGGGAGGUGAUGCUGAGGUUUCUUUCCGUUCGAAUACUCAGCCCAAUUCAAGGUCACGAGUGCUCAGCGGCCGCUAGAACUGGGUCCCGAAACAUCAGCGCGUGAUUCCCUACAGCCCUGGUUCCGAGAGGAGUAAGUGAAAGGUUCGAAGCGCGCGCCCCGCCUCCCCGGCAGAGGCCGGGACCCGGCCGGCGAGACGUAGGCGCCCGAGUUCCCGGCCGAGCUGAAACACGGUGUCCGGGAAGGACUGCUCCGCCCCUCGCGAAGGCUUCCCUCCGCCAAUCACCACUUGAGGCCAGCCCGGCUCAUCGCCGGAAGGAGCUGUUGCCCCGAGCAACUUCAACUUCCGGCUUUCGGAGUUUUGUGGCGGUAAAGGACAUGAGUAAAGGCCGGGCGGAAGCCGUGGCGGGAGCCUCCGGGAUCCUGCUGAGGUACCUACAGGAGCAGAACCGGCCCUACAGCGCCCAGGACGUGUUCGGGAACCUGCAGCGGGAACACGGACUGGGCAAGGCGGCGGUGGUGAAGGCGCUGGACCAGCUGGCCCAACAAGGCAAGAUCAAAGAGAAGAUGUACGGCAAGCAGAAAAUAUACUUUGCUGACCAGGAACAGUUUGACACGGCCAGUGAUGCUGACCUCCAAGUCCUGGAUGCCAAAAUCGUGGCCCUCACUGCUAAGGUGCAGAGCUUGCAGCAGGGCUGCCGCCACAUGGAGGCUGAGCUGAAGGAGUUAGCUAGUGCCCUGACCACAGCGGAGAUGCAGAAAGAGAUCCAGGAGUUAAAGAAGGAAUGUGCUGGCUACACAGAGAGACUGAAGAACAUCAAAGCGGCCACCAACCACGUGACUCCAGAAGAGAAAGAGCAGGUGUACAGAGAGAGGCAGAGGUACUGCAAGGAGUGGAGGAAGCGCAAGAGGAUGGCAACAGAGCUGUCUGAUGCAAUCCUUGAAGGAUACCCCAAGAGCAAGAAGCAGUUUUUUGUAAGUGAUGUUCUCCCUUCCUUGCUCCCCUGGGGCAUGCGUCCAGGGAGGUCUCAUUCACUUGUCUUGCUGCCCCUCCACCGCAGGAAGAAGUUGGGAUAGAGACAGAUGAAGAUUACAACCUCAAGCUCCCAGAUCCCUGAGGCCCUCCGGCAGGCCUGGGAACACAGAUGUCCUGGACUGGCUGCCUUGUUUAGGUCAGCUUUUUUGUUGUUCCUGCUGCUGUCCGCUUUUGGGCACACACCAAAGUACUGGGUGGAGCACUGGUGGCCCAGAGAGGAUGGUUUCACUCAUUUCGUCAUCCACGUUUUGACUGCCUGAACUUAACAGUUAGUUAGAUGGGGAACAAUGCAAAAGGAAAGCAUUUGGCAAUAUUUAUUGUAAUAUAAUUUGAUAUAAAAAUAUUUAAUUUCCUCUGGAUAAUCAAACCUCCCAGAUAUCAAACCUGAGGAAGGCAAAAGAGAGCUUGGGGGACAAGGGCAGGGAGAGGCUACUAUGCACAGCAUUCAAGGAGCCCAGGGCCUCACCCAGGACUCUCCUGGGCUCUACACUCCAGGAGACCUUUAGAAAAUCUUCUCUACCCACCUUCACCCCACCCUAAGUCCUGGGAGAAAUGCAGGCAGCACUGAGGUGGUGGAGACCCAGAUACACUUGACAGAAAGCCUGGGAGUGGUCUUGAGACCAGUUUUCCAAAAUUGUAACUUUAGCAAAAUUGCAUUGUUGGUGUUUAGAAAAAUUAAAAAAUUUAAUAUGUAGUGUUGUGUCACAUUUGACUUUGCUGUGCAGUGCUACUGCCUGUGGGGACACAGAGGGCAGGAGUGGGUGAGGAGGUUGCUUCCCUCCACCACCCAGAGUAGGAGGCAAGGGCAGGAACCUGGCAGCCCUGCCCUGAGCUGGCCAGAGAAAGCUCUGGCCUCACCUUGGGCUGACCAGGCAGCCCUAGCCUAGGCAUGAGGCCACCUUUCACCCUUCAUGGCUGUGAGAGCAUUUUCCCUUCCUCCUUUCUUCCCAUCCAACUACUGCCAAAGUGGCCAGACUCAGGCUAAAGGUUGCCAGAGAGACCAGAACAGGCAAACGGUAGUUACCAAACAGGAGCAGAAACCUGAGGCCUAGACAAAGGGAGAGGCCAGGAGCUUUCUAGGGUUCCCAGAGCAGACCCCAUCGCGAGGACUUCUAUGGGGAGGGGGAAAGACUAGGUAGGUUUGAGAUCUAUGGUCAGUAUAAUAAAUUAAUCAAAGCUUUCAUAAUAACCUUCCCCCCUCCCCAGCCCCACUGAAGAUGGGGCUGAGGGGGAGGGGGGAGCUGGGGAGCCAAACACUGAGGAGAAAGCAGCUGACUGGUGUGCAGUGUCACAGUCCAAUCUCAUAAGCCCAGUGGCUCCACGGCCAAGUAGGAGACUCAAGGCCUCUUGUUGGCUGUUCUGCAGGUUCCAAGAGCUGGUCAGUAAAGCUGGUUCUUCAAUUGAUGUAGAACACCAAUCACAAUCUCCCGUAGGGUCUGGUAGGGGCAGCAGAGAAAGAGAGAGAUCAUGCUCACGGAGGGCACAGAGCUGCUCAGUGAUGCCUGCCUGAACCAGGUGUGCUCUUUAGAGUACAGUUAAAACAAAAAACCUGGGAAGCACUGAUGUCUACAGUUUGCAAAUGCCCCCAAAACAGGAUGGAGUCAGUCAGGGAUGGAGAGAUGCAUUACUAUGUGAUAAAGCAAAUACAAAAAGGUUAAUGGUAAACUUUGGGGGGGGAUAUAUGAGUGUUCAUUAUAAAAUUCUCUCAAUGCUGCAGUAUGUUUACAGUGUUUCACAAUAAAAAUGUUGGGACAUGCUUUCAGCUGAAAACAUUUCCUCUAAGAUCAGAAACAAGACAAGGAUGCCCACUUUCACCACUUUUAUUCAACAUAGUUUUGGAAGCCCUAGCCAUGGCAAUCAGAGAAGAAAUAAAAGGAAUCCAAAUUGGAAAGGAAGAAGUAAAAUAUCACUGUUAGCAGAUGACACAAUACUAAACAUGGAAAAUCCUGAAGAUGCCAGCAGAAAACUACUAGAGCUCAGCAAUGCAUUUGGUAAAGUUGCAGGGUAUAAAAUUAAUGUACAGAAAUCUCUUGCAUUUAAGUAUCAAAGAAAAAUUAAGAAAACAAUCCCAUUUACCAUCACAUUAAAAAGAAUAAAAUAAACCUACCUAAGGAGGUAAAAGACUUGUACUCUGACGGAAAGAAAUUGAAGAUGACACGGACAGAAAGAUAUACCAUGUUCUUUGACUGGAAGAAUCAAUAUUGUUACAACGACCAUACUACCCAAGGCAAUCUACAGAUUCAUUGCAGUCCCUGUCAAAAUACCAAUGGCAUUUUUCACAGAACUAGAACAAAUAAUUUUAAAAUUUGUAUGGAAAGACAAAAGAACCCGAGUAGGCAAAAUAAUCUUGAGAAAGAACAGAGCUGGAGGUAUCAUGCUCCCUGGCUUCAGACUAUACUACAAAGCUACAGUAAUCAAAACAGUAUGGUGAGCUUCCCUGGUGGCACAGUGGUUAAGAAUCCGCCUUCCAAUGCAGAGGACGCGGGUAAGAUCUGGUCGGGGAACUAAGAUCCCACAUGCCACAGGGCAACUAAGCCCAAGCGCCACAACUGCUGAGCCCGUGAGCUUGAGCCCAUGCGCUGCAAUGAAGACGAACCUGCAUGCCACAAUGGACCCAGCGCAGCCAGAAAAACAAAAAACCACAAUGAGAUAUCACCUCACGUCUGUAAGAAUGGUGAUCAUCAAAAAGAACACAAAUAACAAAUGUGGAGGAAAGGGGACCCUUGCACCCUGUUGGUGGGAAUGUAAACUGGUGCAGCCACUGUGGAAAACAGUAUGGAGGUUUCUCAAAAAACUAAAAAUAGAGCUACCAUAUGAUCCAGCAAUUCCACUCCCAGGUAUAUAUCCAAAAAAAAAUAGAAACACUAAUUCGAAAAGAUAUAUGCAACCCAAUGUUCCAGCAGCAUUAUUGACAACUGCCAAGAUACGGAAGCAACCUAAGCAUCCAUCAACAGGUGAACGGAUAAAGAAAAUGUGGUGUAUAUAUAUAUAUAUACAACGUAAUACUACUCAGCCUUAAAAAAAAGAAUGAAAUAAUGCCAUCUGAAGCAACAUGAAUGGACCUAGAGAUUAUCAUACUAAGCAAAGUAGAUCAGAAAGAGAAAAACAAAUACCAUAUGAUAGCACUUAUAUGUGGAAUCUAAGUAUGACACAAAUCAACAUCUCUACGAAACAGAAACAGACUCACAAACACAGAGAAGAGCCUUGAGGCUGCGGGGGUGGGGGAGGUAGGGAAGGGAAGGAGUGGGAGUUUGGGAUUAGCAGAGGCAAACUUCUGUAUAUAGGAUGGAUGCA